AUGAUUGAAUUACUCGACAUUUUACGAAAUCGAAAUGCAACAACUGACUACGUGAAUUUGAGAACAAGUCUUCAUGAUGACAGUAGUGAUAGUAUUCUUAGUGAAGUUUUGGAGGAAAUAGAAGCAAAUGUUGACAACUGUUUUGUUGAUAUCGAUAUCCGUGAAGAUAUCAACACUGUACCUGAUAUUGUUAUGGAUGAUCCAUUGCAACAAUCCGAACAUGUUGGAAAUGGAGAUAAAGGUAUAGUAGAUGGUAAUAUGACAAAUGUUGGUUUAUCUAUCGUUAAUGUGAAUUGA